GGGAUGUUGUAAUAAUUAUUUCAAAUUUAUUGUUUUAAGAUGGGUAACUGUACCACUACAAGACCUAUAAAGCCUCAUUUGGGAGAUCUUGAUGAAGGCCUCUUCCUGGAUUCGAGGUCUGAAAACCCUAUGGAGAAUUUUGAUGGGCAACUGAGUGAUUUAUACUUAUCAAAUCUGGCCUCUCCAAAGAGUGAUAUAGAGACCAGACAAGAUAUAGAGAAGCACCUGAAGUCACUUAAUAAAGAAGAACUAGUCAGUUAUAUCAUGAAAAUGAAAGAAAGGGAAAGCCAGGCUAGUCCUAGGGGCGAGGUUGCCUCACAUCAUAAUUCUGAUUACUACCAAAUAAGCAGUCCCCCUAUUCAGCACAUCCGAGGUGGGGUAAGAUCGGAAGUCAAUUCACAGGAUUCAGAAGGGAGGAAAUAUAAAAAUAUCUUUACUAAAAUCAAAGAACUUAAACAGGCAAAAAUGGUAAAAAGAGGUACUGAGACUUCUGCCAAAAAGAGUGAAGAACGUAAACUCCACUUUAAAACAACAAGGACAAAUUUCUUCAGGAGGAAUACUGAAGUGACUCAUAAAUAAAUCUGAAAGAAAACCAAUACUGCAGAAGAAGACGAAGAAGAAUGGUACUCCAAGGUUUGGGAAGGUUAAGAAAAGCAUGGUCAAGAAGCUACCGAAGAACUUAUUUAGAAGGCAGCCAAGAAUUCCAAAGCAGAUCAAGCAGGUGAAGACUCGUGAGUUUAAUCAUAAGGAAAUUCGAAAGGGUGAAAAGCAAGAGUUAAUCGUCCCAUCAGAGCCAUCACUGAGCCAACAAAAGAACUCCUCUUUGCUGACAUUCGGGGAUGAAGAAGAGUGGAAGCCAACCAGUAAGGAGACGUUUCAUGAAGCAGUUGAUGGGCAAGCUCAAGUCUCGAAAGAGCAAUCUCCUCUUCAUAACUAAAGUUUUGGGAUUUCUCAUAAUUGAUAGAAAGACUUGCAUCAGAAUUUUAAGUAGACUUAUUUUAUAA